UCAAAAUGAAAUUCAUCCUGCUUGCUGCCUGCAUCCUUGGGAUGGCUCUCUGUGCCCCUCACGAGAUGUUCAUGGAGUUUGACAUCCAUUAUGCUCCGCCUCAGGCGGCCCAAGCUAUUCCUGCUGGAGCCCCAGUUGGAACCCUGGAAGUUCUCCUCCCAGUUGAUGCCCAGAGACAGCCUGUUGGAGGACCUGUCCGUGGCUUCAUCAAGCAGGAGAUCCCUCAGCCGAACGGUAAAAGCAAGGAAGUGUUCAUCCCCUUCGGCUUUGAGCCGGCAGAUCCUGCUGCUGCUGCCCCUGUUGCUCCUGUCGAUCCCGUUGCUCCAGCAGCUCCAGCUGCUCCUGCUGCUCCUGCUGCUCCUGCUGCUCCUGCUGCCCCUGUUGUACCUAUCAUUGCUGCUGGUGCCCCUGUUGACGGACCCGGGGGAGAUGAUGAUGAUGAUGACGAUGACUAAAAAAUUCGAGUCAGCAGGACGUGCACACUUUUGUGCCCAGUCAGGUACACAUGCA